AAAUAACUAGAGAAUUGCCUUGAUCCAGACCGGUCCCUUAAAAUGCUGCUUGCCAUCACUAUGGAAUAGAAGAGUACUUUGGACUAUUUUAUGCAGAGAAUUUAUAGAGUGUGCCAGAAAGAAAGAUCUUUGUAAACACCUGGAGCCAUGGCACCUGCUGUCGGAGGUCCUGUGGGAUACACCCCUCCUGAAGGUGGCUGGGGUUGGGCCAUAGUGUUUGGAGCCUUCAUUUCUAUUGGUUUCUCCUACGCCUUCCCAAAGUCCAUCACUGUGUUCUUCAAGGAAAUUGAAGUGAUCUUCCACGUCACCAGCAGUCAAGUGUCCUGGAUCUCUUCCAUCAUGCUUGCUGUCAUGUAUGGAGGAGGUCCUGUCAGCAGUAUCCUGGUCAAUAAGUAUGGAAGUCGGCCUAUUAUGAUUUUAGGAGGCUGUCUCUCAGGAGCAGGACUCAUCGCUGCCUCUUUUUGCAAUACCGUCGAAGGCUUGUACUUCUGUGUCGGUGUAGUGGGAGGUCUGGGACUGGCAUUCAAUCUCAACCCAGCUCUCACAAUGAUUGGCAAAUAUUUCUACAAGAAGCGCCCAAUAGCUAAUGGUAUUGCUAUGGCUGGUAGCCCGGUCUUUUUGUCUACUCUGGCUCCCCUGAACACCUGGUUCUUCGACCAAUUCGGCUGGAGAGGGAGCUUCUUGAUCCUGGGUGGACUUUUGCUGAAUUGCUGUGUAGCUGGUUCACUGAUGAGGCCCAUUGGGCCAAAACCCCAACCUGCUGUUAAAGCUGCUAACAGUAAUAGCGAAGCCAGAGAGCAAAAGAGCGUGAUUGAAAUCAUCAAUGGUUUUAUCGAUCUGACGCUCUUCAAGCAUCGUGGCUUUUUGCUGUACCUUCUGGGUAAUGUGGUCAUGUUCUUCGGCCUCUUCUCUCCUCUUGUGUUCCUCAGUAAUUACGCCAAGAGUAAGGAAAUUCCCAAGGAGAAGGCGGCUUUUCUACUCUCUAUCCUAGCCUUUGUAGAUAUGGUUGCACGACCUUCAAUGGGAAUAGUUGCCAGCACGAAAUGGGUCAGGCCAAGGGUGCAAUACUUCUUCGCCGCAUCCAUUCUCCUUAAUGGUGUGUGCCACCUGCUUGCACCUCUGUCCACAGACUACACAGGGUUCGUGAUUUACGCCAUCUUCUUUGGGUUUGCCUUCGGCUGGCUGAGCUCUGUGCUGUUUGAGACCCUCAUGGAUCUUGUGGGAUCUCAACGUUUCUCCAGUGCUGUGGGACUGGUGACGAUUGUAGAAUGUGGGCCAGUGUUACUGGGGCCUCCUUUACUAGGAAAGUUCAAUGACAUCUACCAUGACUACAAAUAUACAUACAUGGGCUGUGGAAUUGUCCUGCUGGUUGGCAGUUUGUUUCUUUCCAUCGGAAUGGGCAUCAACUACAGGCUACUGGAUAAAGAAGCAAAAGAAGAAUCCAAGAAAGCCAAUCUGCAUGAGGAGCCUGGCAAAGAAGUUGUAGAAGCACUGAAAAUACCCGAUGACAAUACUGCAGAGGAUACUGUGUGACAAUAGCUGAUCAUGGUUUUAUUCUGGGUGAUUCUUACAUUUCUGCACUCUCUACGUCGAGGGUUUGAUUACAGACAUCCAUCUUGGACUAUUCAGGUUACUGAGGCAGUGAUAUAAACUUUUCAAUGCCUUGCACCAGCACAUGGUCAUGCAGUUGAUAUUUGUAGAAUUUAACAUUAGUUUAAAACUUGUGCAUUUACUGUAGGGCAAGAGCUGCCUGUGACUAUUAUAUUAGGGCAUUUUAUGCAAGCUGAGACUGAGAGAAAGAUUAAACCAGUAAAUAUAUUAAGAAUUAAUCUGGAAGAAACAAAUGUUGCCUUCUGACUAAAAAGAUACUGGAGUAAAGUUAAAGCAGUAGAUAGGAAAAUACAGUCUCUUGUUAAAUAUAUGAAAAAAUAUUUUGUCAGUAUACAUUUUCAGUGUCGGCAUCUGUUAUUUUGUGUAUUUUUGUAUGUCUAUGCAUGUAGUCUAGCAAUUUAUGGAUAAAAGAUGAUUUACUCGUUUGAAACUGUGUAAACACAAAAGCAAUUUGUGUAUAGCAUAAUGGGAAAUAGUUUGUUAAAUGCCAAGUAAGUUAAUAUCAGAGUCAGUUUAAAUGUUUGUCAUUUUUCUGUUGCAAAAUUGUUCAAAUAAAAAUGAUUCUCAUUUUAAUAAAAACUUCA